CCUGCUUCUAUAAGACACAUCACAUGUGCCUCCCCAGAGAGAGAAAGAAGAGAGAGAGAAGGCAAUAUAUCGAGCUUAAUUAUUAGCAAGAACGAGAGGCCAGGAUUGCUCACAAAUCUGUAAAGAGUAAAAGAAAGAGGGAAAUGGCCCCAAGGUCAGGCAGAGGGAAGGCAAGCAAAGCCAAGGCAGAAAGGAAGAAGAAAGAAGAAAAAGUAGUGCCUACUGUUCUUGACAUCACUGUCAUCACCCCAUAUGAUUCACAAGUUAUUCUCAAGGGUAUCUCCACCGACAGGAUACUUGAUGUAAGGAGGCUAUUGGCUGUUCAUGUAGAAACAUGCCACCUCACAAACUAUUCUUUAUCUCAUGAGGUCAAAGGGCAGAGAUUGAAUGAGAAGGUAGAAGUGGUUACCCUUAAACCGUGUAGUUUGAGAAUGGUUGAAGAGGACUAUACCGAGGAAGCCCAAGCCGUUGCGCACGUAAGGAGGCUACUGGACAUCGCGGCCUGCACCACGAGGUUCGCCAAGCCCAGAAGAAGCCCAUCAACACCGGAAUCCAGGUCCAAGAAGAGCAGGGCCCACCAGGCCCAUCCCCACCAGCAGGCCAAGAGUAACUCUGGCCCACCUACACCGUCCGAUGGCGGAGCCCCGUCGUCACCGGAGCCGUCCGUUUCCGCGGCGAUCUCGGAGAACCUCGGGAUGGCCGCCGUUCACCCCACGCCGAAGCUCUCCGACUUCUACGAGUUCUUCUCGUUCGCUCACCUCUCUCCACCUAUUCUACAUUUGAGGAGAUGUGAGCAGAAGGAUGUACCAGAAAGGCGUGAUGGGGACUAUUUUGAAAUUCAGAUUAAGAUCUGCAAUGGGAAGCUAAUACGAGUGGUUGCAUCAGUGAAAGGGUUCUAUACCGUGGAAAAGCGGCUUCUACAAAGCCACUCCCUGGUGGAUCUUCUGCAACAGCUUAGCCGAGCUUUUGCCAAUGCAUAUGAAUCUUUAAUAAAAGCUUUUGUAGAACAUAAUAAGUUUGGUAAUCUUCCAUAUGGUUUUCGAGCAAAUACAUGGAUUGUUCCUCCGUCUAUUGCUGAUUCUCCAUCAGACUUCCCAUUGCUACCAACAGAAGAUGAAAAUUGGGGUGGCAAUGGCGGUGGCCAGCCAAGAAAUGGUGAAUAUGAUCUUCGAUCCUGGGCAACAGAUUUUGCCAUAUUGGCUCACCUUCCUUGCAAAACUGAGGAGGAGAGGGCGGUCCGAGACCGGAAAGCGUUUUUGCUUCAUAGUCAAUUUGUUGAUAUCUCAAUCUUUAAAGCUGCUGCAGCAAUACGACGUCUCAUUGAUUCCAAUAUGCAUGCAAAGGAUGAUGCUACAAGAAGUCAAACAGAUUUAGUACGGCAUGAGGAUCGUGCUGGGGAUUUGUCCAUUAUAGUAAAACAUGAUACAACUGACGCAAGCACAAAAUCGGAAGUAAAAAUUAAUUUCAAUGAGAUAUCCAAUAUGCCUGAUAAGGAAGCUGCUCAAAGGAAUUUGCUUAAGGGGUUGACUGCAGAUGAAAGUGUAGUGGUUCAUGAUACUUCCUCCUUGGGUGUUGUCAUUGUAAGACAUUGUGGAUACACUGCAACAAUAAAGGUGGUUGGUAAUGUGAAGAAGGAAAAGUUUGAGACUCAAGAUAUUGAAAUAGAUGAGCAACCAGAUGGAGGAGCGAAUGCUCUUAACAUUAACAGCUUGAGGUUUCUGCUUCAUAAGUUUACUGCUGAAUCAUCAGGAGGAGGUUGGUCACCUCAGUCUAACUUGGAUGGUUUAGAAAUGUAUAGAUGUCUGGUAAGAAGAGUAAUCAAAGAGAGCUUGAAAAAGUUAAAGGAAAAGCCAAUUGAUUCUAAGAAGUCCAUCAGAUGGGAACUUGGUUCUUCUUGGGUACAAUAUCUACAAAAGCAGGAAACUCCACCAGGAAACGAUUCUAAAAGCCCUGAUCAUGAUAAUGAGGCUUUACAUGCUGUCAAAGGUCUUGGAAAGCAGUUUAAAUUUUUGAAGAAAAGGGAAAUGAAAGAAAAUGACUCUGGACCUUGCAAUCUAGACAUGGAAACUGAUUUGGGAGAACUAAGCAAUGGGGAAGUCAACAGAACAGAAGAACUGGAGAAACUAAUUUCUGAAGAUGCCUUCUUGCGUCUGAAAGAAACUGGAACUGGUCUUCAUUUAAAGUCAAUAGAUGAGCUUAUCAGGCUAGCACAUGAAUAUUAUGAUGAAGUUGCAUUACCAAAACUGGUAACAGACUUCGGAUCACUUGAACUUUCUCCAGUUGAUGGCCGUACACUAACUGACUUCAUGCAUUUAAGGGGACUAAAGAUGCACUCUUUGGGUCGAGUGGUUGAACUUGCAGAGAAACUUCCCCAUAUACAAUCACUUUGUAUCCAUGAGAUGGUUACUCGAGCUUUCAAGCAUGUACUUAAAGCGGUUGUUGCCUCUGUUGACAAUAUCGAGGAAUUACCUGCAGCAAUAGCUGCAUCCCUAAAUUUUUUACUUGGAUGCUGCGAAAUGGAAGACGACCAAGAAUUGAAUGAUGACCAUCUUCUUAAAUUUGAAUGGUUACAAAUAUUUCUAGCCAGAAGAUUUGGUUGGAUGCUUAAAGAUGAGUUGCGGCAUGUGAGAAAGUUAUCAAUUCUCCGAGGGCUUUGCCAUAAGGUUGGAUUAGAGAUGGUUUCAAGAGAUUAUGACAUGGAAAACCCUUACCCAUUCAAGAAGUAUGAUAUCAUCAGCAUGGUUCCUGUGUGUAAGCAUGUAGGAUGCUCUUCAGCAGAUGGAAGGAAUCUAUUGGAGUCAUCUAAAGUUGCUCUUGAUAAAGGAAAAUUAGAGGAUGCUGUUAAUUAUGGAACAAAGGCACUAGCAAAGAUGAUGGCUGUUUGUGGUCCCUACCAUCGAACUACCGCAAGUGCUUACAGUCUUCUAGCAGUAGUUCUUUACCACACUGGAGACUUUAAUCAGGCAACUAUAUAUCAGCAAAAGGCUUUGGAUAUCAAUGAGAGAGAACUUGGGCUUGACCAUCCAGAUACAAUGAAAAGCUAUGGAGAUCUUUCUGUUUUCUACUAUCGUCUCCAACAUGUUGAAUUGGCUUUGAAGUACGUAAACCAUGCUCUGUUCCUUCUUCAUUUUACAUGUGGACUAUCUCACCCGAACACAGCUGCAACAUAUAUAAAUGUAGCUAUGAUGGAAGAGGGCAUGGGAAAUGUCCAUGUUGCUCUCAGAUACCUGCAUGAAGCUCUAAAAUGCAACCAAAGAUUAUUAGGAGCAGAUCAUAUACAGACAGCUGCAAGCUAUCAUGCUAUAGCCAUAGCUCUUUCGUUAAUGGAAGCAUAUUCCCUGAGUGUGCAACAUGAGCAAACUACUCUUAAAAUACUUCAAGCCAAACUUGGACCAGAAGAUCUUCGUACUCAGGAUGCUGCUGCAUGGCUUGAAUACUUUGAAUCAAAAGCUCUGGAGCAGCAAGAAGCAGCAAGAAAUGGAACUCCAAAGCCAGAUGCAUCCAUUGCUAGCAAAGGUCACCUUAGUGUAUCAGAUCUCCUUGAUUAUAUAAGUCCUGAUCAAGAUUCUAAAGGGAGUGACGCCCAGAGGAAACAGCGACGUGCAAAGGUUUUGCAGCUAAGUGAUAAAAGCCAUCAAGAACAAGGUGAUGCUAUAGUAGAUGAUGACUUGCUCUAUGAUGGCUCAGAAAACACUGCAGGUACAAAAGAUGGAAACACAGAAGUAAAAGUCAGCAAGGUUUAUCCUGAAGAACCUGAAGAAAAUGAUGAUAUUACUAGAUAUGGGCUGAAAGUUGCAUGUGAAGUUGUGGAAGAAUUUACUUCAGAUGAAGGGUGGCAAGAAGCCAAUUCAAAAGGACGGUCUACAAAAACGCCUGGUCGGAAGUUUGGCCGGAGGCUACCAGUUCUUGCAAAACUAAACGUUAGCAAUGGUAAACAUUCAAAUUUUAAAGAUAUCAUCUACAGGCGGGACCUCAUUUCACCAGAGCAAAAAGCAACUCCAAAGACCAAUUCAACCGAGUUGUUUCCAUUGAAGCAGUCAAAGGCUGGUUGCUUGAGUUCUGGAGAGGAUUCAGUUAAUGUGCGGGCAAAAGCUCCUGUUUCCAAGGUUCCCACCAGUCCAGCAACUCUUACUUCCCUGGCUUCAAAAUCUGUUUCUUACAAAGAAGUAGCUCUGGCACCACCAGGUACCAUUCUAAAACCAUUACUGGAGAAAGUAGAAGAAUUAAACGAGGAAAAAACUGAAAUCCAGAUCCACAACAUUCCACAUGAGAUAUCAAAGGAUGAAGAAAGCAGCAAUAACUCUGUAGUUGAAGCAAUCCCAAAAGAUGUUGAAAUAGAAGGGACGAAUGAAAAAAGCACUCAGAUGGAGACUACUACCCCAAAACUUGAAGAGGUUUCAUGUUCUUCUGAUCAAGUAAAGCCGGUAGAAACAAAAGGGAGUAAGCUUUCUGCUGCAGCUGAACCAUUUAAUCCAGUAUCACUGUCCAUGCCUCACCCUUUAAACUCAGUUUCUGUGACAAGUAUAUAUGAUGUAAAUGUCAGUCAAGGCAUGCUAGCAGAACCUGUUAUUACUCCAGUUGGUGCUAGAAUUCCUUGUGGACCUAGAUCACCUUUGUAUCAUAGAAACAAUUAUUCUUUCCGCAUGAAACAUGGCCAUUCGAGAUAUCCUACUCCUAGCAAGGAAAGAGGUAAAUUUGGAGCUCCAAGAAUGAACCCACAUGCACCCGAGUUUGUACCUGGGAGAGCUUGGCAAACAAAUCCUAGUGAUGCACAUUGUACCACUCAAACCGAGUCAGAUUCUGCGAUUGAAACAAGUAGGGCAGAAGAGGAGAGGCUGGAUGACAAAUCCAAUACUGAAGUUAAAGAUGGUGUUUCAAAAAAGAGCUUCUCUGGGUCUGAGAAGUUAGAGCUUGCAAGACAGAUACUGCUUAGCUUCAUUGUAAAGUCGGUCCGGCAUAAUAUGGAUCCUGUGGGUGAGCCUGCAGUUAGCGAGAAGAACUUGGAGUUUUCAGAAAAUUCUUCAGAUGCAAUAGCAAAUGACAGUGCAAUUAUAAAAAUUCUCUAUGACAGUGAGGGAAAGAAGGACUUGGUUUCUCAAUCCUGUGAUGUCAAGCAGCCAAAAACAGCAGCAGAUGAAAAUAAGAAAAAAAAUGGGGAUGGUGAAGGAUUUAUAGUUGUUAGAAAGAGGAGAAGAAACAGGCAGCAGUUUACAAAUAGCGUAACUGGGUUGUACAAUCAGCAAUCAAUCUGCGCUUCUGUUCGUUAAGGAGUGAGGGAGACCUGAAACGACGUCACCACGAAGGCUUUGCCUAUUCAUCUUCAAGAAGUCAGCAGGAAGGUUUCCUGUUCGUCCUUAGUUCUAGUUUUGUGUAUCUCUUUGCAUCACGUUUUAACAGUGCACAAAUUACUGAAAGGGAAGUUUUGGUCGUAAUCAGUUUCAUUCUAUUGGUUCAUAAGCUCAAUCACUUGGACGUUCUAAUAACCCAUGUUGAAAUUUCUCUCUUAUUUAGAGAUUUUGUUUAAUAAAAGCUAAUUGGCUAAUAAAGUGGAUUUUUAACUUA